AUGACACCCGAAAGCCAGGUCAGCCAGACGCGCAGGAGACUUCGUGUGAAAACUGGAUGACGCGAUAUGCUCGACGAGGAGCGAGAAGUCCUAGUGACGCGGUCUUGCCGCCUGCCCUUCAAGUUGAGGAUGGCCCUUCUCAUCUCCACGCGCAGUCGGCGCCGUCAUGGCCAAGACCAACCGGGGCCAGAAGUCGCAUCAAGUGGGGCGAGUACCGAUCGCUGGAUGUAUCGGUCGUCCCAACAGACGCAAAUUCCAGUUAGCCUUUCGUCGAUCCUUUGGCCGGGAGAAGGGUCAAACCCGAAUGUGCCGUCCAUCGUCUGGAACGAGAGCUCCCUGUCCGCCUUGACCGACCCUCAAUCUGACGAGGCAAACGGAUUUCCGCGGCCAGGAGAAAGUCCAAUUGGAUCUUCGUUCUAUGUGACUGAUCAACAGUUGCCGCUUUCGACUUCCGAAAUACUAAUUUUCAGGAAUUAUGUAGAUAACGUCUCGCGAUGGAUCGACUCCUUUUCUCGAGAUCAGCCUUUUCACUCGGUUGUGCCUAUCCUGGCCCUCAGAUGCCCCGUUCUCAUGAACUCGUGCCUGGCGCUAUCAGCGAAGCAAUUAGCGCUGAAAGCAUCGGCAGAUAAAACAGACUUGCAGGCCAAUAUCGCCGUCAGAUAUGAAAUGCUCGACGUAGUAGGAGACAGCUUCGGUACCCAUCUGAGAGGGGUUGCUUACUUUCUACAGUCCCGCGAGGUAUACGGAGAUGCCUGCGGCAUCAAAGGCGCUGUCUAUUGGACAUGGUAUCGGCAUGAAAUCUGGGCCGCUUUACAAAGGGGACAACCGAUGUUCCUUGACGAGCAAUACUGGAAACCCGAGGAAGUUGAUAACUUUGAGAAUCUCUGUGUUGAAGAUAUUGCCAACCGUGCCAUCUUCAUCUUUGGUCAGUGCGUCUCAUUCUGCAAUGACAAAAGCGCCGCCGGGGGCGUAGGAGCGGACGAGAGAAGAAAAAUUCGAGAGCAUCGAGCCGAGUCACUACGACAUGCUCUUGGGGAUUGGAAGGAGAAGCUCUCGACUUCCAGUGCAAAUUUCCUUUCAGAAAAGCCACCACAAACCGAGACGAAUACUCAUGAAUUUCCUUUCCUUUGGUUUCUUUACCCUCAAAGUGCUAUUGCAUUCCAAGUCUAUCACGCCUCCAAAAUUUUGUUGAAUCUGCAUUCCUACCCUCCCAUGUCGGAUGGUUUUAUCAUAGGCUCGAGCCAGUCACUGACCCACCGACGCGAGAUCGAAAAGUCACGCGAACAGAUCUUUCUCGUCUCCAACUCUGGAAUCCCCGGCCCGUGGAGCCUUGUUUCCACACAAUGCUUGUAUAUCGCCGGAAUGGUGACAGAGGGGCUACUGGAAAGGUCGCAUACUCUGGAGUUGAUAGAAGAUUGCCAGAAACAAUCGGGCCGAAAGACCUGCGUCCUGGCAGACGCUCUCCGAAAAUUGUGGUCUGAAUAA